AUGAAUGAUCAACGUGCUGUUCUCCUUGACUCCGAAAAUCGACAUUCACCUAUCGAGAGUAAUCUAGGUCAUCGAGUUCAAUAUUUUACUGACAGAAAUACAUGCAUUCAAUAUAUACAAAAUCAAAUGACAACUUGUCAAAGAAUCGAUCUAUUUCUUUCUUAUCAAGAUAAAAAUAUUAUUGGAAAUCAAUUAGUCUUAUUUCAUAAUGUUUACUUCCAUAUCUAUUAUCCUACUAUUAAUGAUAUUCCAAAUAAUAAUCAACCAUGCAUGUGGAUUCAACCUUUCGAAGAACUUGAAUUAUGGGUAAAAAUCAGUUAUGUAAUAUAUCAUCAUGAUUGGAUGUAUUAUAUGCAAAGCAACUAUUCUCAAGUAACACGUGUCAAUCUGAGAAUUACUCACAAUAUUCUAUUGGAAGAAACAAAAGCAGCAAAACUUGGGAUACAACCAAAUCAUUAA